AAUUAGUAAUACAUAGAGAAUAGGGUGCACCAUGUGCGUUAACUAGUAAUUAGCAAUAACCAUUUUAUCACAGUCCAAGUUUGACGCGACUAUAUAUAUUUUAAUUAAAUUAAAGGUGAGCGGCGAAAAAAGGAGCGGUAGAUAUACCUCCACCCGACUGUCCCGGCCCGCAGCAGAUCCAGCCGAUCGCGACGCCCAAAAUGGUGACCGGGAUAUUUCCCGUAAUCUUAUCGUCCUGUAGUGAGUAGUGACGUACCGUGGGUAUCUUUGGUGGCAACUGACCGGUUCCAAUCUCACUCGUUUGAAAAGGAAAGAAAGGCAAGACAACAAUUGGCAUGCGUGCCAACUGCGAUAUCGUUUCAAUACUUAUUUGAACUCUGAUGAAUGCCGAUCUCAUGUACCUACAGGGUGUACCGUAACAACAUAGUCUGUACCGGAUAUCAGUUUGCGUUCGUGGGACCGAUUUUAAUACGUCUUAAAUAUGCGACCACUACCUUUUAGCGCCAUAGGAGCAGUUACUUCACUAAAUUGGGAUUUAUCAAUAAAAAUUAGGAAGGUUCUGGAUAUAUAUUAAAUCUUUCUUCUAAAGGACGCGGGUAAGCCAUAACAGAAAAUAACGAAAUUUGCAAUUUUCUUUUAAGUAAUUGAAAUGGGAACUGUAAAGGCAUUAGGUUUCAGGUAAAAUGCAAGAAAUAGAAGUGCACUUAACUGGUUUAAUUAAUGAAGGUGCUUACAGUUUUCCAUUAUUUGAAAUUUUUAUUAAGGUAUGCUAUAACAUACCUACUAAAUCUUAACUAAUUGAUGGGCAUCAGAAGCUUCACCUACAUUUUCCAACAUACUGCAAGACAUUGUUCGACCGAUUAUGCAAAGCGCGCCCUUUAAGCGUUUUAUAUCUGGUAUCUAAUUAAAUCGGUAACAUUGUUUUCAAGUAAAAUCGCUAAGAUACUCUCAUAGUUUUCAGAUCGAGAGUGGAAUCAUUCGCAUCAAAACCUUUCAACGCACUCCUGAAUUGUAUAAAAACUCCAUAAUUACUCCUCACUGUCAGCCGAUUCUUGCAUUAUCAUUUUAAUUAGACAGUUUAUAGGCAAAAACAAAGUAAUUAUAACAUGGUAUGCAUACAUCAAAUUAGAAUACUAUUUUGAACGUAUACAAAAAGACAUUGGAUUAAUUUAUAAAUCCUUGAAUCCAUUUUAAUAGAAUGCAAAGACAAUUUUCAAUUUAGUUUGACGGUUGUUUCAUAAAUUCACAUUGCCACUUGACAACAAGGUUUUUGGUGAAACACAAAAAAAUGUUUCAACAAGGUUGCUAAACACAUUGCGUAGUAAAGAAAACCAAAUGAAAAUUAUCGCGGCCCAUUUAACAUUAAACAUGGGAACAAUGAUCGGUUCAGAUAUUCAGAAUAAAAUUACAAAGCGCGGAGGUCAACAAUUUUCAUUUUUUGAUGAUACACAUUGAUGCUCAGCUGUGAUUUAUCUGGAUAUUGAAUAUUUACAUAGUCACCUAUGUAGACUACUUCUUUAUUAAUUUUCUUACGUAUUUUGGAUGCCGAUCUCGAAAUAAAUUUCUCCGUAGUUUAAAAACAAAUGCAAACAAUCUGAAAAUUCAGCUGCUGUGUAGUUCAUUUGUACGUUCUUCUCUACACUGAGGCGUCUAGAAAACUGGGUUUUUUUCUUUAAGAGUUUGAAUGUCGUUUUGAUAUAGUUCUGUGGUGUGUGAAUGAAGGGAUGGUACGGUCUCGGAGGUGGGAAGGAAGAUCAUUUGAGCCGCGAAAAGUUGCAGCCGAAUUAAUCAAAAGUGGAGGACCAGCACUGAUAGAAAGAAUCCGGUACCUUUGUAAUUUGUUGUCCAUAUUGCUGCACUUUGUGCUCGGGCUACGAUGGCACAUCUUAUUGGUAUGCCCCUUCUUUAAACAAUUUAAAUAUAACCUAGCCUCGCGCGCUUUUUCAAUACGUUCAUCAACCGAACAUUUUAAGAAUUCAGCAGUUUUAUAUGUAAUGACCUUUCGCACAGAAACCAUACUUUUUACUUUUACUAUCAGCCGAUGCAAAAAUGUUGUAAAGUUAUUAAAGGUACUGCAUUCAAAGUUUGUUAUUAUCAUAACGAGGAAGUAGUGCAUUCCAUGCUGCCUCAUAUGGAAAUGCUGCCGCUCCAUCCAGCGAGGUCGCAAAUUGUGAAAUUUAAUAAAUAAAUUUCAAUUUAUGGGAUAUACCUAUAAACGAUCCCCACUUCGAUUAAUUAUUGGAUAUUCUUAAUACUAGGCUAAUCAAAUAACAAAGGCGACUAGUAAAUGAAUCGAAAGAUCAGAGUCAUUAUUUCUCUCUAUUUUAAGCGAGGAACAUUAUCAUAUGUACAGAUGCCACGACAUUGUUGAACCUUUAUAUGUGAAAAAUGCAUAUGUUCAGCUAAUAAUUUUGCGAAGUUUAAAUUUUAUCGUGAUCAAUGUUCUCACGGCGCAUUUGGAUAGGUAUAUAAGGAUAGUGAAAAUAUCGAACUACUUUGUCUCUUCUAAAAUGUUUUUUGCUGUAUUACUAACCCUUUUCGUUGGCACUGUCUUCGCAGCAGCUACACUGCCAAGUUACUUUCCCAGAUGCUAUCAGGAUGAUGCCAACGUAAAUGAGUGCAUCCUAAAGGCUGCCAAUAGCCUAAAUCAGUAUGUUAGAAAGGGAAUACCGGAGAUUGGAUUGAGCUCGCUUGAUCCUUACAAUGCCCCCAACUUUACAAUAACCCUCGAAUCUUCCAUAACCAAUAUAAGUGCAACCGCUGAAAACUUUACAAUAUAUGGACUAUACAAUUAUCAAUUUAAUAAAGUAGACUUUCGUCCAAAAGACGCUGUAUUCGGUGGACAAGUGACAUUUCCGGAUUCGGCUAUAACCACAAAUGUUGAAAUGACUGGGCAUCUGGUAAACAUACCAAUAGGCGGCCGGGGUUCUGGUACUACUCAAAAUGGUAAUCUGGUAUGCGAUUUCCUUGUAAAUAAUUGGAGUGCGACCAAAAGCUGUAGAGAUAUUAAAGCCCAAGUAACUUGCAAAUUAGAUGAUAUCGAAGUGAAGCUAGAAGGAAUAGCCGAUGGAGUCAAUCCUCUUCUAAAAGCCAGCUCCAAAUUAAUUGCAACGGAGGUUUCACCGGCAUUUUCAAACAUAUUUCAAGCAUUUUUAGAACGGUUUCUUUCUCGAAUGUGCAGAAAAUAUCCUUAUGACGCCUUAUUUCCCAAGUCGUCCUAAUGAAAAAUUAUAAAACCAAAGUUAAUUUAUAAUGCUCAAUUUUUAAAUGUCAGUUUUAUUCUAAUUGUCCUUAAAAAUAAAGAGGUCUCUUUCUCUGACGCACUGAAUGCUUGAUAUUUGUUAUAGUUUUUGACGUAGGUAUACCAAUUUUAGCUUUAAUUUGGAAAUCCAAGGGUCUGGACCAUUCAAAAAUUCAUAUCUUUUAAACCGUUCAAUAUACGCGAGUGCUCUUUUAGGUAGAUUUCUAUCUAUAUACCUAUUGCAGGGCUUCUGCGAUUUUUGACAGCAAUAAAAAAAUCCCAAAGGCUUCAGUUUUCAAAUUGCAACUCAGAUGCCAGAAAUGAAUGUAGAUUUGAAUUUUAGGGCCUUUGUUAUUAACAUUCUGUAUGCUAUACCAAAUAGUUUUUGAGUUAUUGGUAUUUUUUUAAAUAAAUAUCC